AUUAUCUAACGGAACGGUGACAGUGAAAGCAAUACUAUUCCGAAACUCACAAGAGGUUUCGUAUCAUCUUAAUGGAAAGCACAUUGCACCAAACAGUAUUCCUACUCUUUUUUCAUCAAUGGAAGACAUAUCAAACUUAAUAAGGAAUUUUCACGAAAAAAACAUUUGCGUUGGUAUUGUUGGAAGCCAGUUUAAAGAUGGCGAGUUUUCAUUACGGCUCUCUGUAGUUUUUGACGCCAAUGGAGUCAUUCGAUCAGGCUUCUGCAAAAUUCUAAUGGACAAAAAAAACGAUGUGUGAAAUGUAGCACUUUAAAAUGUUACCUACAGAAAAGGAUGAAAAGCAGAAAGCACGAAGAUUUUUUAACACAAUCAGACUCCACAAAAAAAAAAUCUGAAUUGACCCAGAAAAAUGAAGAACUGUAUCGUUGUCGGAUGCAAAAGAACAUUUACAAAUGUAGGGCAAAGGAUGCAUCAACUAUGAUUGCCAAAUUGCGUCGUGAGUGUAGGAUAAUGGUCCACAAGGAUUCAAGGAAUGGACUCGACCGUCUAUUAAUGCAUCUAUCUGAAACGGAGAAACAGGUUGUCAAAAUGUUUAUUGCCAAGGCAGCAAUAGAUCCGGCGCAUGACAAACACCGUCGCACAAUGCGAUUCGAACACUCCUUCCUAAUUCAGUGUGCCAUUCUCAGAAUGAAAAGUCACACAGCAUAUGUACAUCUAAGAGCGAAUGGAUUGCUCCCCCUCCCAAGUCUUUCUACUAUGAGGAGGUUAUUAAGCUCCGCGGAGUGCAAGUUCGGAUUCAAUUCACUUGCGCUAGAGCAUAUAUCGGAGGCAUCGAAAGGAUUGCAACCAUUCGAACGCUGGGGCACACUGAUGUGGGAUGAAAUUUCUAUAACCAAAGACAUGAGAUUCGAUACUAGAAGUCUUAAGUGGAAAGGCAUCGUCGACUAUGCCGGGGAGACUACCAUCAUGGUUCCAAAUGGACUUGCUGAUCACGUAUUGAUGUUCGUCUUCAGGCCAUUCCUGCAAGGUUGGAUCCAGCCAUUUGCGUGGUUUGGCACUAAAGGUGGUGCUCCCGGUGUAGUAUUACUAGAACUCGUUACGAAAAGUAUUUUGAUUUGA